AGUUUUAAACUAAUUACUACACUACAAAUCUAUAACAUUUAUUAAGGACGUUACAGAAGGAAUUAAUUUAAUGUAGUUGGAGGAGUCCUAACUCUCCUCACGUCCGAAAAUGGCGUUUCUCUUAAAUAUAAUUAGCGUCUAAUGAUAUUUAUCCCUUUCAGGACUCUAUUGCUACACCAAUAUGCGAGAUAAGGGUGGAAGAGAACGGUUUCUUUGUGGAGUACGUCACUCAGGAUAUGGAGGGUAACGUUAUUGAUGUGGCACACAUAGUCGAUAUAAGAACUGAUAAAUGUCCAAAGGAUCCUAAGACUAUCGAGAACUUCAAGCACGUGGGUGAUUCUGAUGAUCCCUUGAACGAACGAUGCUUCCAAAUCGUCACUGCUGAUCAGAAGUUUACUGAAAAUCAAUUUUAUAACUUCAUGGCUUUCACUAAAGAGGAUUGCAAGGCAUUCGCUGCCGAUCUAUUCUCGAUAUGUCACCAUUUCUUGAAUAUCAAUCUAUCUCAAAUGGACUUCGUACGAAAAAUGCACAAGCGGAUAUUGUUGUCAAGUAAAGACGAUAAAAACGUUUCAAUGAAAGAAAUUAUCAAGGUCACAGCAAAAGACGAGAAAAAGAAAGUUGUAGAAGCGCUAAAAACAGCUGGUCUUAAACCAACUGAUAGAAAAAAUGAUCAGCUCAGCAAAGAUAAGUUUACGUUCGAGAAUUUCUACAAAUUCUACAAAGAAAUGCUAGGAGACAGGCCAGAAGUGGCCAAAGUAUUUGACGAGAUCAAGGCGGGAAACAGACGGAACUACAUCAGUGUCGAUCAGAUCGUGGACUUCCUCAACAAGUUCCAGCGAGAUCCGCGAUUAAACGAAAUCUUAUUCCCUCACCACAACAAGGAUGGAACAAAGAGACUGAUCCACAUGUACGAGGGAGACAAAUCCAAGCAGAAGAUAGGGCAGCUGACUCUGGAGGGGUUCACAAACUUCCUCAUGUCUCCAGACAACCUCCCCACCAACAUUCUAAACCUCCCUGUCUACCAGAGCAUGGACCAGCCUAUCUCUCACUACUUCAUCAACAGUUCUCAUAACACCUACCUUACUGGUGACCAGUUCUCUGGGAAAUCUAGUGUAGAGAUUUACAGACAAGUUCUCUUAUCAGGCUGCAGAUGUAUUGAGUUGGAUUGUUGGGACGGCGAAGAUAAUGAGCCUCAAAUUACCCACGGUUUUACGCUCUGUUCUUCUAUUCAAUUCAAAGAUGUAAUCCUUGCUAUCAACGAAACAGCAUUCAAAACAUCGCCCUACCCUCUCAUCCUCUCAUUUGAGAACCAUUGUACGCCGCGACAGCAGCAGAAGAUGGCUAAAUACUGCAUGGACAUUUUCGGAGAUAAACUCCUUAGGGAGCCUCUUGAUGACCCAAAAGCUCAGCUAAAACCGGGCUGCAUGUUGCCCUCCCCCGAGAUGUUGAAGUAUAAGAUCCUGGUGAAGAACAAGAAGAGGAAAGAAGAUAUGCCCGAUCAGAUGGAGAAAGAUGAGGAAAUCGUCGUGAAGAAAGAGGAGGAAGUCGCACCAGCUCUUUCUGGGACAGGUAUUUAUCUAGACGGUGUUGAGCCUCCCAAAGAAGGAGAAGACGAAGAAAACAACAAAGGGUCUUGGGAAGAUCGCGAGGAGGAAGCUGAAACUUCUCUCUCGAAACUUGUUAACUACAUCAUGCCGGCCCCCAAAUUCAGAGGGUUUGACCAGGCAGCUAAGAAGAAUGUGAGUUAUGAGAUGUCCUCGUUUGUGGAAACAGCAGCUCUGAACCACUUGAAGGAGAACCCAGUGGAGUUCGUCAAUUACAACAAAAGACAAGUCAGCAGGAUCUACCCUAAAGGUGCCAGAGUAGCCUCAGAUAACUACCAGCCCCAGAUGUUCUGGAACACUGGAUGUCAGAUGGUGGCACUCAACUUCCAAACACUCGACAUGCCCAUGCAGCUUAAUAUUGGAAAGUUUGAGUUUAACAAUAAGACGGGGUACCUCCUAAAACCCGACUUCAUGACUAAAACUCAGACGACCUUCAACCCCUUCUUGGAAAUGUCAGUAGAGGGUGUGGUCGCAGCGGAGCUCAAAGUUCACGUCUUAUCUGGACAGUUUCUGAGCGAUAAGAAGUGCGGAGUGAAGGUGGAGCUGGAGAUGUACGGAAUUGCUAAUGACUCUGUGAGGAGGAAACAUCAGACUAAAACUAUUAACAACAGUAUCUGCCCCCGCUGGGACAACGAGGACCCCUUCGUCUUCGCAAAGAUUGUGAUCCCUGAUUUGGCGAUGAUGAGAUUUAUUGUUAAUGACGACGCUGGAAAGAUGAUCGGACAGAGGAUUAUCCCUAUGGAGAGUAUCCAGAGUGGUUACCGGUUCAUCAGCUUGAGGAAUGAUUUCAAUAUUCCUAUCGGAAUGGCCUCUCUGUUCGUUAAGAUAGACGUUAAAGACUACAUUCCCUCCGAGAUGGCUGACUUUGCUAACGCUCUCGUCGACCCUAUCGCUCAUUUGUCAAAGGAUGAUUUGAUGAAGCGCAGAGAGGACAUGCUGACUACACUAGUGGACCAGGAGGAUCUGAUAGACCCUGAAGCUGUUGCAGCAGCAGAAGCGAAAGCUUUAGACGCGGCUAAACCAGCAUCCGCUCAGACCACUAACAACAGGAGAAACAGAAGAGUCAGGGGUCGUGACAAUCCUAACGCUGCUCCAGUUGCCAGUGCACCAGCUCCCCCCAAACAGGCAGCUAUUGUCAUCACCGGGCUGGAAACGUUCACUAACGUGCAGCCUAAAGCUGGCGCCGUGCCAGACAAGAACCCUAAGCCUAAGGAAGAGUUUGUGGGUGGUUUGUAUGUGGGAGACGACAGUGCAAAGCUUGUUACGGACGACAAAGCAGGGAAACCUAAGAGUACUGCUCCUGUGUUACCCUGGGACCUGCCUGUCGACGAUGUGCCCGCUGAUGACGAGAGAAUGCUGCCCAAGAUCCAGGGUGUUGACUGGAAUGAAAUCACCGAGGAAAGCAUCAAAAAAGGAAAGGCGUGGCUAAAGUAUUAUUCAAAGCAAGAUAAAAAGAAUCAAGAUAUUCAGAAGAACCAAGAGAAGGAAAAGCAAAUGCUGCAAAAAUCGCAAAAAGGUCAAAUGGAUAAAUUGCUAAAAGAGAACCAGGUACUGCGAGCAAACCAGAUAAAAGCACAAGAGAAGGCUCGGAAACCUGGGUUCGGACGUAAAGCAUUUUGUGUUUCCGUAACAGAUCCGGCGCUCAGUAAAGGGCUUGACUUUAACUGCAAAGAUGAUACCAAAGAACAGUUCGAUGCCUUUAUCAAGAAGCAUGACGAGAAGCAAGCUAAAGAAGUUAACAACUUGACACUGCAACAUAAGAGCGAAGCUUUCCGAGUGGAGAAGAUCCAUAAGAGCGAGAAGUUUACUCACGACAGGAAGGAAAUGAAGGAGAACCACGAGAUGUACAAGAAGAUUAAGAAGGAAGCACACGAAGCCCAGUUUGCAGGAUUCGAGCUUUACCAGAGGAACGAGCUGGCCGACCAGAUGAAAGUAAUAGAAGGUAAAAAAGCGGACCAGCUAGCGAAACUGAUAGCUGAAGUAAAAGAUAAGGACGAAUUAGCGGAGAAGAAGAGACAGUUGGACGAACGCUGUGAAAGAGAAAUCAACAAUCAAUCUAACAAACUGGCAAAGAACCAAGAAAUUCGAAGAGAGCAAGUUGUUGCCGAACAUAAGGAACAGAUGAAACUCAUGGGCCAAGUCUACCUCAAGCGAAUAAAAGAAUUCGACGAGGAUACUCAGAGUGAAAUUGAGAGGCUUGAAAACGAAAUCCAAGCCAUUGGGUUUAUUGAGCAGUGAUGAAAGGAGACUGAUAAAUAUAUACGUAAAUAUACGAGUGUCACGCGAUGCCCGCAGCUUAAGAAACAUGGUGUUGAGAAUAUGUUAACAUAUGUAACAUAAUAUGUGUGUUUAUCAUGAUAUUGAAUAUAUUUCGGGAGAAUGUUGUGAUAUAUACUCAAAUACUCAGUAUAUACUGGCAAUGGUGAACAUUUUAUUAUUCGCAAUUAUAGAAUAUUGAUUUCUGUUCGAGAUAUUGAUUUUAAUGGUAGCGUAUUUCAAGAGUUUAACUUAAGAUUUUAUUUGAGAGAUAUAUGAUAAUAUGAUAUGUCCUAUGAUUAAGUUGUGUUUGAUAUUAAUGCUGGCAACAGACUUAUAAUAUGUAAAUAAUUAAGAGGAAGUAAAACUCAAAAACGGGAAGAAUAAAUCUGAUUUCAAUAUACCCGGCGUUUGCAAUGCGCACAUUUUUUGCACGAGCAGUUUCUGUGCGCGCAACUUGUCUGCACGUGCAGUUUCUGUGCGCGCAACUUGUCUGCGUUAGAUCAAUGAAAACAAUGUCCGAUAUGUUAAAGUUGAAGUUUCGGUGAUUUGUUAUAAAUUUUGUAGAAAGAUCCUGUAAUUAUUGUCCAGAAAUUCACUCAGUACAUUACUGUAUUACUAUCAUCAAUGAUUUUUCAAAAAACAUGUUCCACAAUCAUCAUUUCAAAAUGUCCCGGAUCAAUUAUAAUAAGAGCAAAUGUGCGAUUAUUUUCAAGCUUAUAUAUGAUUGAAGUGUAAGAAUAUAAUAUAUUGAGUUUUAACAUCUAUACGUGGUUUAAUGUAGUUUUUCUUUUUAACUUUGUGUACUUUUUAUUUGUUACGAAUGUACAAAUUUGCAUUCUGUUUGUGACAUAUUCUAGUAGCCGAUAUAACUACACUACUAUACAAUGUGGUAAACACUUGAGUAGCGAGUCUGUUUGGUGUGAUAACCAUUACCUUAUAUGGUAUUGUUACUAUGGUAACAUUACCUUAUAUGGUAUUGUUGCUAUGGUAACACUACCUUAUAUGGUAUUGUUACUAUGGUAACAUUACCUUAUAUGGUAUUGUUGCUAUGGUAACACUGCCUUAUAUGGUAUUGUUACUAUGGUAACAUUACCUUGUAUGGUAUUGUUGCUAUGGUAACACUGCCUUAUAUGGUAUUGUUGCUAUGGUAACACUACCUUAUAUGGUAUUGUUACCAUGGUAAUACUACCGUAUAUGGUAUUGUUACUAUGGUAACACUACCGUAUAUGGUAUUGUUACCAUAGUAACACUACCUUAUAAGGUAAUGUUACUAUGGUAACACUACCAUAAUAUAUGGUAUUGUUACUAUGGUAACACUACCUUACAAGGUAAUGUUAUAUGUACUACCUACAGAGUCGGUGUAAGUGUUUAUCACAGUUUAUGCGGGAUAAGAGGGGCACGUAUUAUGACAUGUAAUAUAUUAGUUACCAUGGUAACACAGUGCAAAUAUCAGUAUUAUUUCAUUGUUAAAACUGGAUACAAUUACCUAUUAAAGCUUGUUUUUCCAAGCUGCAUAAAUUCCAAACCUCUAAAACUCCAUAAUAUUACUUUCCAUUCUUUUAUUGAAACUGAAAUUAUUGUAUCAAUUUUCGCUAUUACAUUGAUAUUUGAAAUCUAAAGUUUGAACAUAUUAUCUUGGUGCACUUUCAUAAUUAGAUUUAAGAUUGGUCGAUUACUACACUCUGCUACUAAUUAGUAAUUAGCCCUGAUUUAAUUAGUGCGAUUAGAGGAGGUAAUUAGUUUAUGUUGCUCCUUUAUAAUGCUCUUCUUCUAAAAAUGUGUUUCCAAAUUUAGAUCCCUUCAUUCAAUAUGAAUAUUUGAAUAUUUGAAUAAGCCGAACUUUAUUACUAAUCUCUAGAGCUUAAGAUACUCAUGCAUUAUUGUAGUUAGUACAUGUCAUUACCUUAUAUGGUGGGGUUACCAUAGUAACACUACCAUAUAAGGUAAUGUUACAGAUCAGCCCUGAGAUUUACGGGAACUAAAAGAGGGUUAACUUAAGAGUACUAUUAUUUUAGUAUUAACAAUAUUAAUUAGUUAAUUAGUUAAUCAAUUAAUUGCCCUUAUUGAGCUUGUCAAAGAGCUCUGCUUGGAAGUAGUUACUACCCGUGGAGCGGCGAUGCUCGUUUAUUUUCACACGCUGCAACUGUAAGUUGCACGUGCAGUUAACUGCAAGUUGCACGUGUAAAAAGAAUGGUGGAGCGCCCCCUCACCUGUAGCAACAGGAGUCUACAGUAUAGAUAUGAAGAUGAUUUAUUAUAUAGAUUAAGUCUGUUAGGCGAGUUUAAAGAAAUGUUGGUGUGCGUUGUAUCACACAACGUGUGACAAGGUGUGCGUGAGUCAUAACUAUAAGUGAGUUAAAAGUUGUUAUACAUUUUCAAUUUUACUGUUGACGCACCUUCACUCAA